AUGUCAACAACGGGCUGGGGUGGUCCUCUCAGUGACGACUCAAUCUACCUAGAGAUCCCGUCAACAAUGACACUCAAUAACCCCAUCUACUCUCCCAACCUAGUACAAGAACAACUCCUCAACACCUUUUCUUCCUCGUUAGGGGGCCACGGUCCACUUUUGCUUCCUCGUCAGAUGCGAAGCCACCAGAAUUGGCUGGCCCAGUUACCUGCCCUUUUCGGUACAAAACUCCUCGAUACUGCGGUUCGCGCAGUCUCUUUGGUUCAUUUAAGUCGAACGCAACGGACGGAUGUAUUUGUGCAAGAAUCAAGACAAUACUACGGCAAAGCGUUGCGUCUUCUCAAUCAGUCGCUCACUGAUGAUACCAAGGGGAUGUCGACCGAGACGCUGUCUGCUACGAUUCUACUUUCAUUCUACGAAAUGUUUGCUUCCGACUCGAAUCAGUCCUGGGUGCGCCAUGCUGGUGGCGCCGGGACAUUGAUGCGCAUUCGUGGACCAGACCGUCACCUAGCAGGACUGGAUCGGGAUGUCUACCUUGCUUACCGCCAUACCAUCGUCAUUGAUGCCUUCAUGAGAGAAGAAGCCUGCUUUCUAGCCGAGCCCCAAUGGAUAGACAUGGCCAAGAAGAUUCAUGAAGAUCUGCGAGCCACUGGCAUUCCUGACGAGCGAAUGGGGAUUUUCGACCUCGCCGAGGAGUUCUACAUGGAGCACAUCUUUAUUCCAAAGACUUUACGCGAUUCUCGGAAUUUAGGCGAGGCUCGACGGAAGUUGCCCCCCGACCAAUAUGCGGCCCAUUUAGAGACACUCCUCGCGAGGACGCGAUUGCAUAGAGCCAACCUCAAAUCUAUCAAUCUAAGACUCCGAGCAGCCCUGAAGAAACAAGGCCUCGAAACCUUGUCAAUGGAAACCAUGGAUCCCGUCUUUCCAAAACAGUACAUCUUUGUCAACGUAUUUGUUGCGUCAACGCACGUUGGCUAUUGGACAAUCAUGGUCAUCCUCAACCUCAUUUUAAAGGACAUCGAAAAAGAUGUCGCGCCCGAGAAGCACGACCUGUACCUUAUGGAGAAUCGGGAAAUUGCUCGAGAGAUAUGUCGGACUGCGCCGUUCAUGUUGACAUCAUCUUUUCUGGGACCGUUUUUUAUCAUCUUCGCUCUCAGACUGUGCUUGAUGGUGUUUGAGCCUGGACUAGAAAGAGAUUGGGUAGUACAAAAACUCAUCAAAAUUGGUGAUACCCAUAUGAGAAUGGCCUCGGACAUCCCGCCAUUUGAUCCAAAGUCAACCUUUUAUGACUAG